CAUUAGGUUAGCUGCAUCAAGGCGAUAUCCAUGCUCUCUUCUAGGGGAAGGUUACAAUGUAUGGUUAUAAAAUUGAAGCGCGGCUUCAGCGCCCGCAAGCUCCCCGGCAUAUGCUUCCUGAGCCAUGAGAAAACAACGAGCCACGGGCCGAACAUGGCAGGGACGAGGCGCGCCCUCCUGGGACACCUUGUAAGUACAGACAAGUGGAGCGAUGGUGCGAGACGCGGAGAGCUGAGGAAAGACAGUGGUGCGAAAGUAUCAGCAUGGCCAGACCCCUUCCUAGCGGACCGAGCCGGAAGAACAGAUGAAGACGGGGCUUCGAUGGGCGUGCAUGCUGGCUUCGGAGAAAAUUUGGUGAUGGGUGGCUGCGCAAAAGGAAACACUGGGAACCACUUCAUCGCAUCAAACUUGGCCGAUGAAAACCCAAUCCCGGUCCAUGGUCCAUCCUCGCCAUCUCUUCGGCAUGCUACGGACAUGUCACAUCAGCCGAGAACGGUUAGAAUUUUUCUCACGCAUCGGGUUCGCUCAUACGCCACCUCGCAUGCCUUCAUCCAAAAGUAUCAAAGAACACGUCGGCAUUCCGAUUGGCUCUUCCCGUCUCCCAGCGACUCAUUCGUCUCCCUCACCGGGAAUGCCAUUGUUCAUACGCAGACACAAAAUCAAAACAAGCAAUCGAAGCGCGAAUAUGCUCGCUUGGGUAGGCUACUCAAGUAUUCACAACUGAAAAAAGUAUACGUAGACGCCAUGCAGGGAAUGCCCUAUGCAAUACCACGCGAGAGAGAAAAACAGCACCAAAAAAGGAAUCAGAGAUAA